CAUUCUUAAAAAUAUCCAUUUUAAGUGUUAAAAAAAUAAGUUAUAAGGGAAUUAACUAGCAAAUGGUUGAAAUUUUACUCAAGGGCAGACAACUAUCGGAAAUCUACAGCGAAUGAGAGUGACAGAGAAAUCAGCUCAAUAACGCAAAUUAAAGAUGCCAACAGGACAUGACCAGCUUGCUGGAUGGGGGAUGGUCAGCUUUGCCUCAUUCAUCUUUAUCUACUAUACUGUCUGGGUCAUCGUGCUGCCCUUUGUGGAACCAGGCAUUUUCAUUCAUAAGCUCUUUCCGCCACGGAUCUAUGCCAUUGCUGGUCCCCUGGUUGCAGGAGUAGUUGCCCUUUUAUUGCUAGGUUCUUUUGUGUCAUAUGUGACAUUCAAGUCAAAGAUGAAGAAAAGCUGAUUUUCUUGUGCAGUGUGCAAUAAAUGUUUUACUUCUCUUUUGAAAAAAAUA